AUGGGUUGCGGUGGUUCAAAAGGUAAAUUCAUUGAUUAUUGCGAUGAGGGAUCAGGUUCCUUUUCAGUUACUUCAUCGACUUCAAUGCAUGGAGAGUCUCACCCAGAAUAUGAUAUGUUAUUAAAGAUUUUGGUUAUCGGUGAUUCAGGUGUUGGAAAGUCAUGUAUGUUAUUGAGAUUCGCCGAUAAUAGAUUCACCGACAGUUAUAUAAGUACCAUUGGUGUAGAUUUUUGCAUCAGAACAAUCGAAUUAGAUGGAAAGAGAAUUAAAUUACAAAUUUGGGACACUGCAGGUCAAGAAAGAUUUAAAACAAUCACUACCAGUUAUUAUAGAGGUGCACAUGGUCUUAUCAUUGUUUAUGACAUCACUUCAAUGGAAUCAUUCAACAGUAUAAAGAGAUGGUUGAUCGAUGUCGACAGAUUCGCCAGUCCAUCUGUUCUCAAAUUGAUUGUUGGAAACAAAUGUGAUCUAAAUUCAAAGAGAGCCGUUGAUUUUAAAGUAGCAAAGAAAUUUUCUGAUGACUUGAAUAUUCCGAUUCUGGAGACAAGUGCGAAAGACUCAACGGGAAUUGAUGAUGCAUUUACACAACUAGCAGCCAAUAUCAAAAAGAGUGUUCCUGUAAAUAAAUUAACCACAAUCCUCUCAAUCAUCAGUUGGAAUAAAUAA